CUCGCUUUCUGGUGAGGUGUCCUCGCUCUCAGCUGGAUCGAGCCAUGGCCAACAAAAUGAAAACUCUGGCAGUGCCAGCCAGUAAUCUGACGCAGGCAGUUUCGGAUGGGGCUUGAAAGGGGAAAAGGAGAAGAAUUUGUUUACACCAACCUCUUUUUGUAUUUGUUCUAAAGCAUAAAAAAGUGAUGGAUGUGUGGAUUUAGCAUGCAUUUUAAUAUUAAAGUUGUGAAAGUUUGGUGAAGAGGAACAGCAGAAACUCUCACUGCAGCAGACAGAUGGUACUGAGGAAGCUUUCUGCCAAACGUAGAGAGUAGGAGGAGGAAAGAUGACAUGAUGAUUAAUAGACUGCAUGCGUAUUUAAGCCUGGGCCACACUACAAGAUUUAUACCAUCCUAACUGAUGUUGAUAUAAUGAAGUAAUGACAGAUUUCACAGAUUGUUGUCGUGGAUCAUACUUCAGUCAUCAACCUCCCCCAUACUACAAGAAUAAAAACAUCACACACUUUUAGAUUAGGAAACUGAGUCCUGACGAAAACCUUUGGUUUUGAGGUUUGUCCCAAAUCUCAAAAACUGAGAUCUCAGAAUAUCUCAAUAACGAAUUUCACAUGAACGGACAUGUACCGCUUAUUGGUUAUCGGUGUUUCGUGCAAAAAUUGCAGUGUGAAUUACAAACAUUAAAAUGAUUCGUUUACUCUUUAACCCUACCACGCCCAUUGUACAUGAAGCCCCGCCCCCUCCAGAAUCAGUGGUGGCCAGCAGAGUUCACACACGUAGCCUUCCAUCAUUUCAAGUUACAAAAUUAGCUAUAAACACAGAAACACCAAAUAAUGUACUGACGUUGUCGUUCAUGUUGUCACUGAUCCAAACAUUUACUAGUUUAUCAUGUUAACUUAAUGAUUGAAUUAACGUUACCUGACCAACAGAAACGUAGCUAAGUCUCCGUCCAACUUCAUCACCUUUACAGUCAGUAGGUUCGUCCAUCUUGGAAAAGCAGCAUCAAGAUUUUCCACACAACUGUCGUAUCUGCCAAUGUUGGUGAACAAAACUGAAUUCUGCCAUAUUAGCUUUUUAAAACAAUAAACAUGGGGGCGUGUCUAUAACAUGACUGACAGGAGAAAUGUAAACUCAACCCAGCAGUUGUUUGUUGAGACACUUCUUUCUCUGUACAAUUAUGUUCAACAAUUGUUUCAUAUUCCCCAGAGAUUGCUAUUACUCUUAAUAAGUUGAACACGUCGAGGUUGUCGGGCACAGGCAGCAGCCCGAGUCUGAGCAGCGGCUCUGCUGGAGGAGAGGUUGCUAGUGGAGUGGACGGUCCGGCCAGCAGGGUCGUCAGCUGGGCCGUGUGCUUCGAGCGCCUGAUGGAGGACCCAGUCGGAGUGCGCUACUUUACUGCUUUUCUCAAGUCGGAGGUGAGUGCUGAGAACAUCCUCUUCUGGCAGGCCUGUGAGAAGUUCCAGAAGAUUCCACCUACUAAUCUGGAUGAGCUGAAGAAGCAAGCCCGCUCCAUCUAUGAUCUAUAUCUAUCUGAGAAUUCCUUCAAUGCUGUGAACAUAGACGACACGGCACGCACUAACAAGAGCGACCUGGAGAAACCUACACCAGAAAUGUUUAGCAAAGCCCAGCAACAGAUCUAUAAGCUGAUGAAGUUUGAUAGUUACGCACGGUUCGUGCGCUCUCCACUCUAUCAGAACUGCAUGCUGGCCAGUGUGGAGGGACGACCACUGCCUGACCUUGAGCCUCAAAAUAAGUGUGUCACUCCAACCAGUGACAGGAAGAGCACAAACGUGAAAACGCCAUCAUCUGACAGCAAAGCCAACAAAAGGAAGAAGCUUGAGAAGAGAGGAUCAUGGGGAGCAGAUGUAUCUUACCGCCAGGUCACAGUGAUGAGGCAGGAGUCUCAGAUCUCCGUGAAAUCCAGCAGCAGUGUGGAGUUGGGGUCACUGUCCAACAGAUCAGAGGAUGGCUGCACGAGUCCUGUCAGUUCAGAGACGAGCUCGUCUGUUCGAGCGGAUAAGUACUGCUGUGUGUUUAUGCCCGAUGGCACGGCCAGCCUGGCGCCGGCGCGAGCCGGUCUGACUCUGCGCGACAUGCUGAGUGGCCUGUGUGAGAAAAGAGGCUUCCCCAUGAAAGACAUCGUGAUCUACCUCGAGGGCAAGGAUAAGAAUGUGUGUCAGAGGCAACAGCCUCUCUCCUUGGACCAGGACAGUUCUGUCCUGCAGGAUCAGCAGGUCUACCUGGAACUCAGAAUAACGUUUACGUUGGAGAUAGUGUUCACAGGAAAGACGAUAGGCAUCAUGGCCAAAUCGAGUAAGACUCUGGGAGACGCUGUGUUCUCUGUCCUACAGAAACACCAGCUCCGACCACAGGAUGCCGUCAUCACUGUGAGUGGAUCGAAAGAACCCUUAAACAUGGACGCCACGGUGUUACGCCUGGCCAGCAAGACUCUCUGUCUGGACCGAGUCAAAAGUUCAGGUGGAGGUGAUGUGAAGGGAAGUCCAGCUUUAGACCGAGGCAGAACGAGCACCAAGCCCAAAAAUGAGAUGGAUGGUCUAGUGGAGAUGCUGACCCGCGUGCAGUGUAGCCGAGCCGAUGACCAACGCGGCUUAUUAACCAAAGAACAAUUGGAGCUGCCCUUGUUCUUACAGAUUCCUGCACAGCAGAGUGAGGGAAAGAGUGAAGAGCAGAAACCUAAGAACGUACAGGACAGCUGCUCGAACAAGCACACGAAACCUGCUGAGAAAGCAGCAAAUGGGGAGAAGCCCUGUAUUAAUGGAAAUCAUAAAGACUCUAAUGGAGAGAAGAAUAAAACAAAACAGAGUGACUGUGCAGGCUCCGCCAAGGGAACGUCACACUGAGUGUGUGAGUGUGUGAGUGUGUGAGUGUGUGAGUGUGUGUGUGAGUGUGUGAGUGUGUGAGUGUGUGAGUGUGUGAGUGUGUGAGUGUGUGAGUGUGUGAGUGUGUGAGUGUGUGAGUGUGUAUAUGUACAUAGUAUGUGUGGACCAGGCUUCAUAUUUAGCAUAUUUCCACACACAUUAUUUGGAAAGGACCUUAAACAUUGAUACUGUGUUCAUUUUGAAAAGAUAAAGUAGAAGCAAAGGGAACCUGGUGCAGAAACUUGAGAUUUCUGUAUUGUGUAUUUAUUUUGUAUAAUUAGCAUUAUGAUCAAGCGUGCUUGUACUAUAUUUAUUUAGUAUUAUUCGAUGCACUUGCACAUGCUUUAUAUGAAAUUUUUAUUCACUUAUGAUUUUUUUUCACUUGAAUGAAUUUGUCCUAAAAAAAGGAAUGAACUCUUUGUUAAAGAUUUGUGCUUAAUUUAGUUUUUCGUGUGUAAUUUUGUGUCGAUUUUGUUCUCUGCACUGUUCCCUUUGCUCUUCAGAUCUAAUACAGUCUGAUACUGGAAAAUGAGGUGUGAAUGGUCUCCAUGUAUAAUUUAUAACCUACAGUCACUUACUGUAUCUAUCUGAUACAGAGGUGUAAAUCUUGAUUGAAGUGGAAGUACAUGGUAAAGAUUAGGGUUGAGGCAAGGUUAAAGUUUAUACCAUUUCUUAAAACGUCAUUAUAAAAUAAAACAAAAUCUGAUCACAUUUUUUAUUAAUCUACUUGGGGAAAGUGAAAAUAAUACACAGUGCUUGCAAAAGAUGAUUGGUUGUGGUAUGAAUACAAUUGAUAUAGAUUUGAUUGAGCGUUUUAUGUAAGGAAUAAAAAAUGAUAGCUCCUUCUUUUAUAGGAAAAUAUCAACAAUGAUGUGAUGUGAUGCGGCCUGAUGCGAAGCAGAGUUACUGUUACCAUCCGAAGGUUGAUUUAUUAAUUUUUUUCCCCAAUAACGGCAUAUACCGAAGUGUUUCAUUCCUCUUAUACCACUGCAGCUUGCCAGUGCUAACAAUUUAUUUACUAAAACACAACAUGUACAUUUUAUUCAUUUAUAGUUAGGUUGUGGAACACCCAAGUACAAAUUAGUUUCCGUUAUCACUUGCGUAAUUACAGCUACAAACAGUCGUUCACUCACCACACCUCUCUUUUUUUAACCCCCUCACCUGGAACUUAAUAAGACAAAUGCAGCUUGUCAUGUUACCAAGAAACUGCAAAGCCCUCCAUAUUGGAAAACUGCAUUAUUACAAAUUACAGCAUUACCUCUGACUGUUACAAAGUGCUGACACUGGAGACUCCUUCCAUAAAUGCUAACUAAACAUUCUCUCAAAGAAAACUUCACAGUAUCAACAAUUACCCGUGUUUUUCAUUAGAAUAUGUGAUAUAAUGAUAGUGUAUUAUUACUACAGUUUAUUAUGAUAGUGUAACUGAUGUUUGAAAUGAUUUCAAUUACAGCUGGAAAUACUGUCAGAGCUGCUGUUAUCUCUGACCAAUCAGAAUCGAGACUUCAGCAGCGCCGGAGUAUAAAUAUAAUCGAUAAAUAAUGUGAAUUUGUAACUCGUCGACAGGAGAAAAGAAUUAAUGUUUGAGAUUGGUAGUGAGAACCUGAGAGGUCUGAAAAGGCAAAGAGUGGAAAUGUAAUUGUGUAAGAGUACUUAUUAAAUUUUUAUUAUAUUUGAUAAAUUACAAUCUUUCUAAGUACUUUUCACCUCUGCUGAUAUCUUACUAUUUAUCAGAAUUAAUAUCGCAUGAAUUCUAGCACGGUCUGAUGACCUCAUCAGGGACGUUGCGCUUCCCAUUUCAGUAGGAGUGAGGAACAGGUCACUUCUCUGAUCUAAUUGGCUGUGUUUUAAUAUCACUGUGUUAAUAACCGUUAAUUUUUUGUGCAGGAGUUCUCUAGUUAGGAACAAAAGGCAAUAAUGGGAACUUAGUGAGUUUCAUAACUCCCACUUAAAUGAGUGCUGAGAUGUGAAUUGUAGUUUUGUAUAUACUGAUAGACAUACUCACUAGCCAAUUUAAUAGGAACACCAGUACCCCUGUUCAGUAACGCAGUUCUCCAAUCAGCCAAUCAUGUGGCAGCAGUGCAAUGCAUAAAAAGAUGCAGAUACGGGUCAAGAGCUUCAGUUAAUGUUCACAUCAAACAUCAGAAUGGGAAAAUGUCAUGUCAGUGUCUUUGACAAUAGCAUGGUUAUUGGUAUUUCAGAAACUGCUGAUCUUGUGGGAUUUUCGCACACAACAUUCAAAAUGGUGUGAGAAAAAAACCAAAAAAAAAAACAAAAAACAGUGUGCUACAGUUCUGUGGGCAGAAAUGGCUUGUUAAUGAGAGAAGUCAGAGGCAAAAGGAUUGUAGCUCAGUGGUUAAGCUUUUGGACUACUGAUUGGAAAGUGAUGCGUUCAAGCUGCCACUGCUGGUCCCCUGAGCACGACCCUAAACUCUCAACUGCUUAGUUGUAUAAAUGAGAUAAAUGUAAGUUGUUCUGGAUAAGGGUGUAUGCCAAAUGCCAUAAAUGUAAAAUGGCCAGACUGGUUUGAGCUGACAGGUGGACUACAGUAACUCAAAUAAACUCUUUACAAUCAUGGUGAGCAGAAAAGCAUCUCAGAAUGCACAAGACAUUAGAUCUUGAGGCAGAUGGGCUACAACAGCAGAAGACCACAUUGCUCUACUCCUGACAGCCAAGAACAGAAAGCUGAGGCUGCAGUGAGCACAGACUCACCAUAUCUUCAACCCUGCCGUUUUGGUGAGUCUGUGCUUCUUUCUGUUUGAUGGCAACAUUAACCCGAACCUCUUGACCUGUAUGUAGGUGUAUACGUGUUCCUAUUAAACUGUUCUGGUGAAUGAAUGCAGUCUAUAUAAACACGCACUUAAAAACAUCUUGAAAUGAUAAGGAUCUAUCUUUUCUUUUUUGUGGGGAAAAAAAUGACAUUUUGUCCAACCCACUUACACGCAUACGCACACAAAACCACACUAACAGCCACCAUCACCGUCACUGUGUGUCUCGACUGGUGGGUGUGUGCACUUGUCAUGCAUGUCUGUGAAAUUAUGAAUGGACAGAGAGUGUGGUGUGGUGUGAGAGAGACGCAGAGGAAGGGAGGGAUGGAGAGAGGAAAGGCGUAUCACUAGAGACAUAGAAUUAUCAUCAUCUGGCAGCACAGCCUCUCUGUCAAAGGUGGGGAAAGAGACGGCCCUGAGCGAGUGUUAAAGAUAAAGAGUGUCCCUUCUCCCUCCAGCACCCUCCAGCACUUGUCCAACAUGGAGCAGAAGACAACGUCACCUCAGAAGCAUAUGGUGAAGAGCAGGUCCAAGUCUACAGAAGAAAUCCAGCAAGCCAAGAAGGCCUUCUACAUACCGCAGAAGUCCCUUCCUGGUGGAUCAGAUUUAGAUAAAGUGAAGGAGGGUCAGGAAGAAUCCGAACCCCCCACGUCAGCCUCAGAAGAGUUCAAGUAAUAUACAGGAGCCUGGAACAAUGCGAAUACAGACACACACACAAACACACACACACUAAAUAUACACAUGUAUAUCGCAGACACAAUUCAGACACACUUCUCCAUGUCUGUGCUAAGGCAAACUGUGACUGCUUCACAUAUCAACUGAAUGUGUUUCAAUAAAGUACAUGUAAUUCAUUUGGUGCUCA